AUGCCAAGAACAUACAAGAGGAAAACCAACUGGGGCUGAACAACCCUUGAAGAAAUGGAGAGAGCAGCCAUUGAUGUCAAGGGCAGAGAACCCAACAGAUCAUUGGCAAAAGACAGAAAUAUUGACAGGUCAACACUGUGGAGAUACAUAAAAAAGAAGGAGGUUAAGGAUGUAAAAAUAGUAGGGUACAUUGGAACAGCAGAAGCAAAGAGGGUCUUCACAGUAGAGGCAGAGAAAGAGUUUGCAGACCAUAUCAAGGCUGAUCAAUUCCAUGGCCUUACUCCAAAGAAAUGCUGUGAACUGACUGGGGAAUUGGCAGAGAGAAACGACAUUCCUGUUCCCGACAACUGGAGAGGGAAGUGUUUAGCAGAGCCAGCACCGAAUCCAAGACCGGUUUCGCUGAUUGGAGUGUGUGUGUCACCUCCGCCGCGGCCGCCACUCCCGGCACCAAUUAAAGGCGCACCAGUGACACGUACGUCGGGGAUUUGGGCCGAACGAACGCCGCUGCGGGCCCGGGAUUCCAGUGCCCGCGAAUGGGUUAACGUCCUGCGGUUUGACGCAGGAACGGUUAAUGGGAGGACAGGCGGCAGGUGGAGAGACAUGCAGACCGGAGACCGGCAGCAGAGGAGCCCAGCGCGUGCUGACAGUAGGGCUGAGCCGGAGAAGUAA